AUGCCGGUGAAGGUGACCAUCCGGGCCGAGCUGCAAGAUGCAGAGGCGGGACCUGAGGUCCAGAAGAUCGGCCUGUCUUUCAAGUCCCUGCCACCGGAGCCCGUGGUGGUGCAGACUGUCGCGCCCGCCACCUGGGGCUCCGAUCGAGGCAUCCAGGGCGGACAGCAGAUCGUGGCCAUCAACGGACUUGAUGUCGCCACCAUGACGCAGCAGGAGUUCCGGGCAGCCCUCAAAGCACGGCCGCUGACUCUCAGGUUCCGAAUCUCGGACGAUCCUGAAGAGGAGCCGCUACAAGCCGCGGUGGCGGGCUCGGACGUCGACAAACUUGGAAUGUCCUUCCAAAGCCUCCCUCCGGAGCCAGUGAUCGUCAACAAGGUCGCUGCCGGCGGCUGGGCAGAGUCGGUCGGCUUUCUGGGAGGAGAGGAGAUCCUCGUGGUGAACGGGGAAUCGACAGUCGCCAUGUCCAGCGAGGACUUCAAGGCGGCGCUUCGCGUGAGACCCCUCGUGCUAAGGUUUCAGCAGCCUGCGGAAGAGGAGGAGGACGACCAGGAUGACCUCGUCCAGGAAGUUGAGGUUGGCCCGGAGGUGUCAAAAAUCGGAUUGUCCUUCCACAACCUGCCUCCCGAGCCCGUCGUCGUCAACAAGGUGGCUGCUGGCACCUGGGCUGAGUCCGUGGGCUUCAUCGGAGGUGAAGAGAUCCUGGCCCUAAACGACGAGGACGUGGCCUCCAUGACAAGUGAGCGAUUCAAGUCGGUGUUGAAGUCGCGGCCUUUACUCAUCAGGUUCCAAGCAUCUGAGUUUGAGGAGGUCGAGGCUGGCGAGGAGGUGGUAAAGAUCGGUUUGUCGUUCAAGGCCCUACCCCCGGAGCCUCUGGUUGUCAGCAAGGUCGCCCCUGGGAGUUGGGCGGCCACGGUGGGAUUCCAAGGUGGAGAGGAGAUUGCGGCUAUCAACGGUGUAGCAGUUGCUGACAUGUCGAACGAGGAUGCAUUGGGAAGGGGGUUCCUCGUCUUUCUCGUUGAAGCCUCUGGCGGAGUUGUAGAGUUUGCCUUGCCCGGGCCCGCUCUAACGAAGAAGCCAGGCCAUAGCCAAGCAUUACCCUAA